UAUUAAAAAGUUUUUUUUAUAUUAUUUAUUUUUCAUUUUCACUUUUGGUUUGUUUUUGCAACGAGCGCAAAUGUUUGCAAAUGCGGCGGUAGCGCCAACAACUGCGUCGUCGAGCAGCGAUAUAGGCAGCGAGAAGUUAAAAAUACGAUCAACUGCAAUGGACAUGGAGGCGGCUGCAAAGGAAAUGAGCGCCGAGAAGACGGAGAUAAUGAAUGAUGAUGGGGCCAAAGGUACGAAAACUGAAAGCCAGACAGACACUGCGACUAUGGUGAUGACUGAAAUGAAAAUGAGCUACAAGGAGAAUGACUGGUGGCAGCAUAUGGUACUCUAUCAGAUCUAUCCACGUUCGUUUAUGGAUACCAAUGGCGAUGGUGUAGGCGAUUUGCAAGGUAUAAUUAUGAAACUACCGUAUCUCGCUGAGACAGGCAUUCAUGCUGUUUGGUUGAGUCCGAUUUUCAAGUCGCCUAUGGUGGAUUUUGGCUACGACAUAACUGAUUUCAAAGAUAUUCACACGGAAUACGGUACAAUGCUAGACGUCGAUAAGCUGAUAACGGAAUCGAACCGCUUAGGAAUUAAAAUAAUCAUGGAUUUUGUGCCCAAUCACACGUCAAAUCAAAGUGAAUGGUUUGAGAAGUCGAUUAACCGCGAAGAUGGCUUCGAG